ACUCAAAGACGUGUUUCAUUUAACGCAAGUGCUCCUCCAUUGCCAUACACUUAAACAACGUAAUAACAUAAUAUUAUCCAACAGUGUCAGUGCAAUCAAUACUGUGUGACUCAUUAUUCAUGUUUCACGAAUCAAUAUAAACCUAAGCCACGGAUUUGUUCAAGCAACUUAUCAACUAUUUAACACCACCUUACUACCUGUUUCUGCCUCACCGCUUCACUGCUCUUUACCUGUGAAUUUCGUUAUAAAAAUAGCCAAUAUUAAUGCGAACACGAUCGACGUGCGAAUAACACGCGAACAUUAUUAUUUUCAAUAAACAAAAAUGGUGAACAGCAAGUGUCUGGGUAAUUGUACAGGUAUUCUCCUAUUAGGAUACGUUAUGUUAACGACUGAAAGGUUUGUUCCUUUUGUCAAUUGUUGGGGAGAAUCUUUCGAUAACGUUUCUUACAAAUGUGCAACGUACAGAGGAAUAAAAACAUGCGACGUACAGUUUAGAAAGAAUUGCUCAGAAACUCUGACAAUGGAAUACAUUUCGGUUAUGUCAUUUAUAAGUUGGAACAGAAUGCUGCACCUUAUGAUGCUUGUGGUCGGCGCCGGUAUUGCGAAGUUCGUAUGCUACAAAUUGGAUUUUGUGAACGCUACGCAACGCGUACUUGCUUGUGUUGGAUUAUUUACAGAGACAAUGCAGUGUUCGAACUACGUGCUUAUACUCGCCUUGGUUGGCCCGGCGAACGGGUUUAUGGCGGCCAACACAACUACCUCCUUCCGUGUUGUUGCCAGUAUUGAUGGACUCCUGACUUGUAUAAACUUGGCUUUAGUAAUAACCCCAGCAGUAACAUAUUGCCGAUCCCGAUGUUCACAACCUAAAGCCACAUCAAACGUACCACCGACUCAACCGAUAACCAACUUGGAACAACAACCACUUGCACUGAUUCCUGUCGAAUAUGAGAAAGCAGUUGCAAAAGACAGUAAACACGCUAAAAUGCCAACAAUUAUGAAGAUCGAAAACAUUCUCGGAUCAAGUAAAACAGACUACCAAUAUGAAUUGUCGCAAGCAUUACAACAAGGCUGGAAUGAGCAUGCGCACUUCGGAAUUGGCAAAGAUGCUAAAGGACUUACACAUUCUAACAUGGAUAUUCAAAGUAUAAGACCUGUUGAUAAUCAGUUCGCUUUAUGGAAAUACAAUUGUCGAAGGCAAGCAGUCUGUGAUUUUGCUGCAUCGGUUGGUGGUUAUUUGAAAAACCUUCAUGAAUACAAAAACGAAUGUUGACACUGCCAUCGUUUUUCAAGAAAGUUGUACUCUGGUAAAAGAAACAUUGUCGAAGAAUGUUGAUAAAAGAAUAAAUGAGUAUUAUCUGUUCCAUGGGACACUUUAUUUAAAUGCAGAUUCUAUUGCAAAGAAUGGAUUUAACGUCAAUAAAUGCAAGGAAUCUGUAAUGUUGGAAGUAGACAUGAAUAACAAUAUAUUUUCCACUAUAUUGUGCACUUCUGCAUCAAAUAACCAAUGUAUUCUUAUUGUAUUUCAAAGAUGAAAGCGGGAUGUGCUGCGUUAUAAUGGCACGAGUUCUUCUCGGAGACUGUGUAGUUACUACAAAUUCAUCCCGCCAACAAGCCUUCAGCCGCUAUGCAAGGUAUGCAUGACAACCGUGUGUUACGAUAUAUCGGACAAUCCACAUCCGAGAUUUGAUUCAGUCGUCUACACUGGUGGAUUAAACAAGGAAUGUGUUGUGUAUGAUAACUGGCAGAAUUUAUCAUUUUCUAUACACGUUUGUAAAAGCAAUUACGAUCACGUUGAAUGUAAAACAGGACAUUUGCUACUAUUGUUUGUGCAUUGAUGGUGUUAAACAAGUAAAUAAACUUUAUGCCACAAU